ACAAGUUUAUGUGGUGAAUUCGCAAAGUUUACAGCUAUGUAGCAAAGGAUUACAUGAACGAAGAUGUCGAUAUUUCAUCCAUGUGAACCUGUGGACCGGUGACCUCCUCAAAUCGGCUGCAAAAGGCAGAUUUUUUGUGUGUUGGGCUUAUGCCCAAAACCAAUAUGGCGGCCGUGUUGUUGUAUUUUGCCUUCACAGCGUUUGUUUUGGAAGGUCUACUCCUUCACAAUGUGUCAGGGGAAAAUCACAUGUGUGCUUCGGCAUGUUCAUGUCUUCUUAAUCUUGUUGAUUGUUCUAAGUUGGGACUGAUCGAAGUUCCCCGGGAUCUACCCGUCUUCGUCACUCGAUUAGAACUUCAGUUUAAUGGAAUUUCAUCAAUAUCAACUGAAGACUUCAGAGGAUUGAACAAUCUGACACAACUAGACUUGAGUAACAACGAAAUACGAUUUUUAAAUGAAUCAGUUUUUCUACACCUUCCGGCUUUAAAACAACUAAAAAUUAACCACAACAAACUGACAGAAGUCCCCAUGUUGAAAGGCCUUUAUUCCUUAACCACUCUGGAACUAAAUCAUAACCGUAUUCAUACUCUGGCCAUGGAGUUUACCACUCAUAUGUCUCAGCUCAAAGUUCUGGAGCUUAGCCACAAUCAGAUCAUGGACAUUGUUCCGGGCGUUUUCCCUGUCAAUAACACCUUACAAAAACUAACACUCAAUGGAAACGGUCUGGAAACAUUUGAACCAGGAUGUUUUGACAACUUAACAUCAUUAGAAGUGCUGAAGAUGAAUAAAAAUAGAAUCCGCAUCCUGCCCAAGAAUUUAUUCAGUAAAAUGAUUAAACUGAAAACAUUAGAAAUUACCAAGAACCAGCUGCGGCAAAUUGAAGGUCUUUUAUUCCAACAGUUAUCCAAUUUACAAAUUUUGAAGCUUCGAAAAAAUCAGAUAUCUGUAUUGAUGGAUGGAGCGUUUUAUGGUCUUAAAAAGAUACAGAGCUUACAACUGGAUCACAACAACAUUUCUAAUGUGACACAGAGCUGGCUUUAUAGAAUGGUAUCUCUCAAACAACUGUCCUUGACUAACAACAGAAUUCAGACCAUUGAUCCAGAGAGUUUGGAGGUCUGCAAAAAUUUACAGCUUCUGGACCUAACCAAUAACCGUCUGACCUCCAUAACCAGAGGGUCAUUCGCUGAGCUCAAUAAUCUGCGCUCUCUCUACCUCAGUGACAAUCACAUCUCAAAUAUUGAGGAUGGAGCUUUCCGUGACCUGGAAAGCCUAGAACUUUUGGAGUUAAAUAAUAACGCCAUUUCCUGGACUAUAGAGGAUAUGAACGGAGCAUUUACUGGUCUCAAUGCUCUCACCAAGCUAGGCCUCGAGAACAAUAAGAUCAAGUCCAUAGCCCAGAAUGCCUUUAGCGGCCUCAGCCAAGUUGUCAGACUCAACCUACAGAACAACCCCAUCACUUCCAUCCAGCGUGACGCACUCAGGGUCAUGACUCAGCUCAACCAAUUAUCAUUUAAUUCAUCAAGCCUGCUGUGUGAUUGUCAACUGUCAUGGCUGCCUCAGUGGCUUGAGGAAAAAGGUUUCCAGAGCACAGUUACAGCUGUAUGUGCACAUCCUGCCAAAUUAAGGGGCAGAAAUAUUUAUACUAUUGACCCACAGGAGUUCAAGUGUGAGGGAGAUUUCCUGCAGCCAGUGAUUACCGUGAGUCCUGUCUCACAGAUCGCACUGAAGGGACAAAACAUCACUCUCAACUGUAGUGCUAAUAGUACCAUGCAAUCACACACCCAGUUCAGUUGGAAGAAAAACAACAUGUUACUGAUGGACAAAGAUAUUGAGAACUUUGUUCGUGCUGAUGGAGAUAUCUACAACUAUACCUCCCGUCUCCAUCUUACUCGCAUACAGGACUCGGACAUGGGGCUCUACCAGUGCAUCAUAUCCAAUGAGUUCGGCUCGGCCUACUCCAAUAAAUCAGACAUCCGUGUCCAUGUAUUCCCCAAGUUUGUGAAGACUCCAUUAGAUGUAACAGUAAAGGCUGGACACACAGCCCGUCUCCAGUGUGCAGCUACAGGUCAGCCCAACCCUAUAAUUAAAUGGAACAAGGAUGGGGAUGAUUUUCCUGCAGCAAGGGAAAGGAGAGUACAUGUGAUGACUGCCGAUGAUGUUUUCUUCAUUGUGGAGGUGAACAGGAAGGAUGAAGGUGUAUACAGCUGUACAGCCAAAAAUGAUGCUGGCAUGAUAAGCGCUAAUGCAACCCUGAGGGUGUUAGAAUCACCAACUUUUGUGAAGCCUAUGGAGACUGUGAAAGUGACUUCAGUAGGAGAUACAGCUGUAUUGGAGUGUAUGGCUGCAGGAAGCCCACCACCAAGUCUCUCUUGGCUUAAAAAUGACAAGCCUUUAAAGGAAAGUCAGCGUUAUUUCUUCACAGCGGGUAACCAGCUGCUAAUCAUUGUACAGACGGAGAUAAGUGAUCACGGACGUUACACUUGUGUCAUGUCUAAUACACUCGGGAAGGAGACAGGAUCCACCAAUCUCCGAGUUAUGCCUAAGAACCGUGGUGUUGUCAAGGAAGUGAAUGGAAGUCAGCAGGGAAACAACGGUCCCAGUGAUGAAUCAACAACCACAGGAAUCAUCAUCAUUGCUGUUGUCUGCUGUGUUGUCGGUACAUCAUUAGUGUGGGUAAUCAUUAUCUAUCAGACAAGGAAGCGUCAUGAAAUGUACAGUGCUACCCCAACAGAUGAAACCACCCUCCCAGGUGAAAUACCCAGCUCAGGCUACACAUCGUCUGACAAAGAGGGAAGUUUUACACAGCCUGUACCUAUGACUACACCAAACUUUCAGUACCAUGACUACCAGAUGAAGGAAUCUGGUUAUGAGUCGUCAUCGGGACGUUUUCGGGCUGCAAGAGCAGCCAUAUUUCCCAGUGAUGUUGAUGAGGAGGAUCAUCAACAGUCUGUGCCUCUCACCCUUGGGGAACAUCAGCUGGGGUCCGACUCACCAGAAAAUAGUGUGUCAAGUUUACAUUAUCCAAACAGUGAUGAAACAGACUCUUUAAAAAGUUCACACAGUACAAACAGUACACGUGCUAGUGAACAGCACACUCUGCGGACAUUCCACCCUGUACCCACUAACCAUGACACACUGUCACGGGUGUCGACCACACCAGAUGUGGGUGGGGGUGGCCAUUGUGAAGGAUGUGAUCAGUGUCAGGGACUUACGAGUGGUGAAAGACAGAAUUGUCACAGUGCUAAUUACAGACACUCUUUAUAUAAUAGUCCACAGCAGAGUGGGAUGCCGAUUCAUCAUGGAUCCCAGCCCCAGCCUCCAGGUGCCCCACACCCUGGCAUAGAUUACCAAGUUGAAGAUGCUGUUUGUGAUAGUCAACACAAUGUUUGUAAUUGUCGCUGUACGUCCCCUGUACAUAAUUCUCCCAUCCCAGUACCAAGCAAUUCUACAGUAUGUCAUCAUGUUAUGAAAUCACCAUCACCAACCCCACCACAUUUGGUAUCAGGCAUACCUCCACAUGUGGUGCCAAAUAUACCCAAUCCAUAUAGUCACCACCCCCCAUCUCUACUCAAUACUCAUGACUGUCAGGUGUGUGCUAAUAAUAAACUGCCACGAAAUGUGGCCAUGGAUUGUAAUCAUCAUAACAAUUAUAGAGAAGUGUUAGUCGUUGGUGGUACACAUCGGACAAGCAACGGAGCCAUCGACAAAAUCCCCCCUGUCAUUCCACCAAAGCACAGACGUUCACAUUCGUCAUCGCAUUCAAAAGCGAAUGGCGUAACACAAAAUGGCACUUUAAAAUCCUUAGAUGGGAAGACAGUGGAUGUGUAGUUGUUGAUUUGUUGACAAGAAUGUAAUCCUCAGCAUAAUAGUGACAUCAGAAUUAUGAUGAUCAGCUGUGUGAAAGAUUUGGAAAGCUGAUGUCAAUAGCCUGAAGGAUUUGGAACGCUUUAACCAACAGUGUGAAGGAUUCAGUAUUUGAAAUGCUGAUGUUCAACAGUGCGAAGGAUUCAGUAUUUGAAAUGCUGAUGUUCAACAGUGCGAAGGAUUCAGUAUUUGAAAUGCUGAUAUUCAACAGUGUGAAGGAAUCGGAUCGCUGUAUUCAAGUUUCUGUGAUUUGUGUAACAAGCCAAAGCUUUAUACCUUUCGACCCACCCAGGAGGGGCAGGGACUGUUGUGUUGUGACCUCAAUGGGUCACACAAACAUUAAUUAUUAUAAUUAUUAUUAUUAUUUGUAUACAUUGAUAUGUUUUUGUGUACAUUGAUGGACAAAGAAAUUGGAGAAUGAAAUGAAACGGGUAAAUUAUUGAGUUUGAUGCUGCUACCUAUCCUAUACACAUAUGUCAGGAAAUGGAUUUACAGAAAUCGCAAUGGUUGUAGAAUUCUUUCAGUUUUAACAGAAAUAAAGAAUAGAAAUAAGUGAAAGCUCAAAGGAAUUACAGAUCCAUAUCCUGACAGUUGACUGCCUCUUUUCUCUCUCUAACCAAAAAUUUGGUUGAUUUAAAAUUUUGAUUUCGAUGUGUAAUUAUGAAGGAUAUUUGAUCUUUGGAUGCAUUUGCCAAAAUGAUUUGCUACAAACAUAACCGUGUAAACCAUUCUCUUAUCAACAAUGCUAUACAUAAAUGGUUUUAUUUAUUCAGUAUAUGAUACAGGUGCUGUGUGUAAUGCAUCUAAUUUUAAAAUGGCAUUGUUAUGGAAACCUAUAUGUGUAAGACAAAGCCACUGGCUUUUAAACUAAUUUCCCAUCUCCUGUCUUGUGUACCGAAUUGUAUCAUACAAUUUUGUAUAGCCAAUAAUGUUUUAAUGCUUGCAAUGUGUACAAAUCUUGUUCUCAUUGUAAAUAAUCAGACGGAACAUACCUCAUGCAAAUCCAUAGGUUCCAUGUGUCAAGGUUUCUGUUUUGUAGACUUAUUACUAUGUAUAAAGUGGGUAUGCUAGAGGAUUGUAAGAGAAUGUCCUGAACCAUAGUAUAUCAUGAAGGAUCGUAACAGGUAUAUGUGUGUUAACGUCAGAUCCAUGUUGUCUAAUAUAAUUUCAUCACAAGUUCAUUGACUGCUGAUAUUUUUACAGUUAAGACACCUAAAAACUAGUUGUGACUAUAUCUAAUGCCAAAUUUAACCUCCUUUAGUUUCCAAAAACUUUUAUGAAAGUAAUUUUGACUUUGUUGAGAACGAAAAGUGAUGGUAGUAGAACCCACCUGCAUUUGAACCAGAAAUUACGGAAAUAUUCUGAAAAAUUUCUACAUAUUUUCUUCAUGUUUUGUUUUAAACAAAUUUUACUGUCAAAAAAUAAAUUGAUGAUAAACAAGUUUCUGCAACUUAUAUAUUGACUCUGUAUUAUCAUAGUCAUAACUCUAACACAUGUAAAAUGUAGUUUUGAAUUUCAAAAAUCUGUAUUUAAAUAGUUACAAAAUACCAGUCAAGUAUUCUAAGGUAUGGUUAAGUGUUUUCUGCCUGCAAAUUCCAUGCUUUUAGGAUAUUAAUUAUGUCUAUAAUUUCUUUCAUGUUAACUUGCAGAAAAAUGGUCUAAAAAGUUAUUUCAAAACUAGCCAAUUUUUUCGAUAAAAUUUUUCGUUUUCAAACUAAGUACAAUCUUUUACUGAAAUUUAAGUAACGGUGUAAGUGUGUGCACGAAGGGUAUUUGUGUGUGUGUGUGGUGUAUAUUCCCCAUAGGCCAAGUUUGUUUUGGCCACUCCUUGUUGAUAGGCCAGUCAUUUUGUGGUAACUCCUCGUCUAGGUGCUGUUUAGAUGAGGGUUAGACAACUUACACAAAAAUAUUAUUAUUGUAGUUUUUACGAUAUAUUAUGUAUGCCCAAGAAAUCCAUUUUGUGUCACAAAGUAUCGCAGUUGUAACAUAUGGUUAUUAAUCUUUGCAAAUUAUCACAAUCGUUUUACAAGUGAUAUUGCUCUUUGAUUUGGUCUAUUUAAAAAUAUAUUCGUAUUGAUUGAACUGAAGCCAUAUUUAAUGUAGUAUUUUAUUCUGGGUCAUCCACAGAAGCCAUAAACUAAGUAAAUCUGCUACUGAAAGUGGAAUAGUAUAUAUGAAUCAUGGUCAACCUCCAGUUUUGCAUUCGUUAUAUUAUUCAAAAGAAUGCUGUUAGUUUUUUGCCUUUCAGAAAUUCAUCAAACUUUUUUUGUAUAUUCAUAAGAAUAGGUAUAUUUACAUAGUACCUAUAUAUGAAGGCUGUAAUCAUUUCAAAGGCAAAAAAUGGCAAGAGUAAUAUUUUAAAUAUUUGACACACAAUACCUCUAUAUGUUAGCAAUAACUUUUCCUAAUUAAAGGAUGUAUUGUGUAUCGUUUGUCUCAAAAAUCAUAAAACGAGAAAACUCCACUGUUUUUACCUAGUAUAAACAGGAAUGAUAUUUUUGCUUAGAAAUGACUUUUUUUUUUUUUUUAAACUUCAAUCCAAGUGUCUUCAUAAACACAAUUCUAACAAGUUUCAAAACUGCUGCCACAAUAUUUCCAGUCUUAUGUGGGUACAUUUAUUGUUGUAUUGAAAAAAUACAAUAUUUCACGAGAAAUUAGUUUUUAUUGUUGUUAGAUACUCAAUACUCAGUGAUGUUUGUCACAAAGAAUGCCAUUUUAACAUAAGCAUUCAUUAUCACACUAUUUUUUUAGAUAAUGCAUUAAUACAAUUUUUUAUAUAAAAAUUUAGAAAUCUUACUGCUUCUUUUCCAUACUUUAGAAAUUUCUUUUAAAAUUGCAUACCUGUGCAUUUUACAGAAAAUUGUAGAAAAAUUGGCAUUGUUGGAUUUUUUUUGCAAUUAUUAAACAUAGUGUGAUUGAAUAUUCAUUAAAGCCAUGAUAUUUAAAUCUCUGAAGGAAUUUAAAUGUUUAUGAAAUGCCCACAUCCCACCUUGUCAGCCAGAAUAUCAUGGCCGAGCAUUUUAAUCACAUUCAGCAGUAUGUAUAUGUAUACAAGGUAUAAACUCCAAUCAUCCUAAAAGCAAAGAAAUUUUAUUUAGUGUUAUGUAGAGUAUUUAUAAGUAUUAUCAUGAAAUUCACUUGCAUGCAAGAUAAUUUUCAAAACCAUCUUUUAUUAAAAACUAUUAUCAGUUGUUUUAAUAUUAAAAAAACAAUAAUUAUUCAUUUUUGAUUAUGUAAAACAGAAACAGUUAAUUGUAAGAAAACUUUUAUUCAAGUUUAUUUUACUAUAAAAGACUCUUUCCAGACAGAUUUUUAUUACACCUGAUUGAUUUAAUUGUCCUUGCACCUUAGUCACAUUAAUGUGACCAUUUUAUCUGUUGUCGCCCUGGACUAUCACUCUUUUGGUUUGAAUUAUGUUUUUUUAAAAUGAGAUACUCUCAGUUUACAACUGUGUUGUGAUUUUAAAUGGCCAAGUUUUUUAUUUCAAAACUGCUGGAUUGGCAAGCAACUUUUAUGAACCUCUGAAUAGUUCAAAAAUCAAGUGAUAAUUUAAAUAGGUCACAAAUUGACAGAUAGUUUAGGAUUUGGUAUUGAUGUCCCAUGUCUGUUAUUUGUGUGUUUCUGUUACCAUUUAAUCCAUCACUCGUUGACAUGUUAAACAUGUAUAGUUGAGGUGUGUUUUCUCCUGUAUAUGGCCAAGUUUUACUGUGUAGUGGAGACACGCUAGUAGUAAUUCAAACUGUUGCAUGGAAGUUGAACCUUUUUAAUUUAUUAAAGAUGUAAACAUGUUAUCAAUGUCGGUUGUGUGCGAGUCAGAAUGAAGCAUUAUAUUUGUACAGAAUAUUGGAGAAAAUGAUAAAAUAAAAUACCAGAAUAUGAAAUCUUACAAA